AUGUCUGCUGGAGACAAUAUUGUAAACCCUUCGAGAGAUCCACGGAGGAGACUCCCGGCAGGCUCGGCAAGUCCUCUACAUGUCGCGUCACCACUUUCGAUGACCAACGGAGAUGCCGGACAAGUUGGUAGCGGUAACACGACUCCAAUACACGGAGCACCACCUGCCCCUUCAAUGGUGCCGCAUAAGCGGGUUCCAGUUGGUGGAAACGUACGCGGGGUAGCCUCUAUCAGACAGGCAGCUGCGAAAAAGCAGAUGCUCCCUGGUGUUGGUUCGGAGAGUUCGGCGUUAGCCAAGAUUCAGGCGAAAAACAUCGAACUCCAGAACCAGCUAAAAAAGGCAACAGAACAGCUAGGUCAAGUACAAAUCGAGCUAGGAAAGGAUACAAGGCAGCGCAACCAACUGGAGACCGAUCUAAGGGCGCAGCUGAGCCAAAUGCAAGAGGAGCUGAAGACCGAGAAGAACCAACGAACCAAAUUGGAAGAGCGUCUUCAGAAAGUCGAGGAGGAACAAUCCCGAAGUUCACCCGUGACAUCAGGUCUAUCGAAGCAGGUGGACAAUCUUUCGGACAAAGUGAAGCAACUAGAAGUUUCGUCUAAGCAGGAAGCACAGCCUGAUACUGCCCAGAUUGAGAACCGCGUGAAGCAGUCGGUCCUGUCUGACAUUAAGGCUCAUGUUACUAAAGAUACUGGAACUAAAGUUACUAGCUUGGAGACGAGAUUCACUGGUAUUGAAAAGCGUCUAGACAAGCUCAAGCCUGAUCUCGAGAAAAGCAUCAAGCAGUCAAUCAAAAAGGAGACUGAACCUCUUCAGUCUCAGCUUAAUCAGCUUGUGACCAAGACUGACUCCAACGAAUCCCGUAUCGAUGGCUUUGCCGACGAGAAGAGCAAGAGUCGUGUCGAUAAGCUGGCAAAAGAUCUGAUUGUUGUAAAGACUCAAUCUAAUUCCAAUGAAAAGCGUAUCGAUGCUCUUUUCAAGGAAGACGUGUAUUUGCUUAAGGAAGAUGUGGAAGCUUUUAAGAAAGCCAAUCUAUCCAAGCAAUUUUCAGACCUUCAAUCUGACUUUGCUACUCAAAAGGAGAACACUACGCAGCAGUUCCAGAAGGUUGAAAGCGAACUUGCGGAGAAAUCCACGGUGAGGCAGUAUGAAUCAUUGGAAAAGCAGGUAGAGGCGGUUCAUGGACGAAUUAAGUUAUACGUGGACGAGCGCCUGCCCUCGCAUUUCAAUGGUGUAAUCAAGCCAUUGCAAGAUGAAUCACUCCAAAUUGUACGAAAGGUCGAGGAUAUAGGAAAGUACAUUGCCGAAAACAAGACCGCUUUGAGCAACUUGGAGUCGUCCACUUCCACUUCGAUAAAUCAAUUGCGAGUGGAUAUUGGGGGGGCGAAAUCGGAUGCAUCAGCUGAGGUGGAACGUCUGCGAUCAGAAAUAUCGGAUCUCAAAGCUUCCACAGUUCCGUCCCUUACUGAUGUGCGACUCAAAGUCUCGAGCCUGGAAUCGGCAAUCUCUUCUGACAAUAACGGUCUGCGAGCGGAAUUGGCUCGAUUGCGAACUGCCCUUGGCCCGUCUUCUGCCAGCCUUAAGACUUUAAUCCUACCGGACCAUGUUGGUGCGGCCAAUUUCCACAGGCACAGCGAAGAAUUUGCGGGUCGAAUUGACAGGCUCGAGAGCGAGAAUUCCAACAUCAGGGCUGAUAUCAAUUAUGUCAAGGAAGAUCUCAAGGAUGCUACCAAUGAGGCGAGUGAAGCAUUGUCUAAAGCGAAAACGGCGUUUGAUACAACCUCUACUAUAGCACGUGCCCUUGACACACUUCAAAAAGAGGUCAAAUCACUCCGCGAACAGCCCUUCGCCAGAUCCGAAGACACCGAACCAGCACUAACGUCUCGGAUCUCCCUCACGAGAAACUACAACGAGGCCAUCAACACUGUGCGUCCAGAUACGAGAGCUGAAAACGCAGCAAUCGAAGCGCGACUUCAUACACUGGAGAUGGCUAUAAAAACUUUGACAUCUCAGUACGAAAACAUCACCACCGAGUACUUACACCAGCACAUAGUCCAUUGGUUUACACAAACUUACCCAGAUGCGGGGAGUUUUCUCCAAGAGCUGCAACAAAUUCAACACAAGCUGCAACCAAUGCAACAAAACCUGAAUACUAUCGGACAGUUUGUCAAUGAUAUCGCCUGGAUGCGAGAAACCCCCGACUAUGGUCGGCAACUUCUCAAUCUUGCCCACAAUGCUGAUGCUAUCGAGCAGCUCCUCCGCGACAAAGAUAGAGUCAGGCAUCCACCUGCAUGGGAAGACUUUGACAACCUCCGGAGCGAGAUUAAGGCAGAAGCUCAGGCACGGGCUGGUGUGUCAGCUUCAAGUGUUUCGCGCGAUGAACUUCAUGCCCUUCGAGCUGACCUAGCCACUGAGCGUUCUAACCGAGAAUCGCUUACUGAUGAGUUUAAGCCUAUUCACGAUGCCUUCAACCAGACUCGUUCCCAAGUUGACGCCCUGGAAGAGAAGGUGGAAGACGAAAAGGCCCUCACUGAACAGACAUCCCGAAUUUUGAACGGUCAGAUAGAGACAUUAGUCACCCGCGUGAAUACUGUGGAGUCCAAGAUCGAGCAGCACGGGGACAUUGUGGAAAAGUGUGAGCAAUUCAUCAGUGCGUAUCCUCAGACAAUGCAUUACAACAAUAUAUACUAA